GUGCCAGUGGGGGCGGAGGCAUGUGGCGCGUGGUGGUUUCGCUUCGGGCUGGGUCGCAGUGCUGGGGGAGGGCAAUGUCCACCGGCCAGGUCUCCGCCACGGCGCUCGCCGUGCGGUUGUCGCCCGCCGCCCGCAGCCUGUUCGAUGAGCCGCUGCACAUCGCCGUGUGCGGGCUCGGCCCGCGGCAGCGGGUCACGCUGCGGGCGUCCUUGCGGGACGAGGGGGGCGAGCUCUUCCAGGCGAGCGCCCGCUACCAGGCGGGGGACGACGGGGAGCUGGACCUCGCCCGCUGCCCCGCGCUGCCCGGAGGCAGCUUCUGCGGGCUGGAGCCCACGGGGCUGCUCUGGGCGCUGCAGCCGCAGCAGCCCUUCCGUCGGCUGGUGAAGCGGGACGUGCGGACCCCUUUUCUCCUAGAGCUGGAGGUGUUGGAGGGACACGGGGACCCGCCCGGGCGGCUGCUGGCCCGGGCGCAACACGAGCGGGCGUUCCUGCGGGACGGGAUGCGCCGAGUCCCGGUGCGGGACGGGAGGAUCCGGGCGACGCUUUUCCUGCCCCCUGGAAAUGGCCCCUUUCCGGGAGUUAUUGACUUGUAUGGAGCUGGAGGAGGACUCUCUGAAUACAGGGCAUGUCUGCUCGCCAACUAUGGCUUUGCUGUGCUGGCUCUCGCUUUUUACAGCUAUGAGGAUCUCCCCAAAGAGAUGGAAGAAUUACACCUAGAAUAUUUUGAAGAAGCCAUAAACUACAUGUUACAACACACCCAGGUUAAAGGUCCAGGGAUUGGAUUGCUUGGAAUCUCAAAGGGGGGUGACCUGUGUAUCUCCAUGGCCUCCUUCCUAAAGGGCAUCACUGCCACCGCCGUUAUCAAUGGCUCCAUAGCAAACGUGGGUGCAGUGCUCCGCUACAAGAACGUCACCAUUCCACCCCUCGGUGCCAAUCUGAAACGCAUCAAGGUCAACGAGUCUGGGAUCGCUGAUAUUGUUGAUGUACUGAACAACCCGUUAGAAGGGCCUGACCGCAAAAGCCUUAUCCCUUUGGAGAAGGCUGAGUGUCCCUUCUUGUUCAUUGUUGGCCAGGAUGAUCACAACUGGAAAAGUGAAUUCUUUGCAAUUGAGGGGAGCAAACGUUUGCAAGCUCAUGGGAAGGAAAAGCCUGAGAUAGUCUGUUACCCUGGAGCAGGGCACUACAUCGAACCUCCCUUUUUCCCAAUGUGUGCAGCCUCAAUGCACGUACUAGUUGGCAAGCCUGUGGUGUGGGGAGGGCAGCCCAAAGCGCACUGUGAGGCACAAAUAGAUGCUUGGCAGCGGAUUCAAGCCUUCUUCUGCAAACACCUUAUGGGUACACCAUCUGGAACAUCCAGUAAGCUGUGAUGUGAGUUAGGUUACCUUACAGAUGAAGAUGCUGGUGCUUCACAUUUGUUUUGUUAAAUGGGUCUGAAUUUGAACAAAGAACAUCAGGUGUCUCUUGGGUGUCUUGGAGGAUGAUGGUGACAGCAUGAGAGCCACGUCCUUUUAACACCCUCCUGUAGCUUCAGUUAGAGGUCUUGGCCUCCUGUUGUGUAGUAUGGGUUUACAAGCCAUGGAAAAAUGGUGGUGGUAAGGAUGGGUCCACUUUGUGACUUUAAGUGGAAGGUAACUUAUCCAAGCUGAGAACUGGGAUGAAAAUUUCCCUUGGCUUUCACAGAGGAAAUGUGUUGUAUCCCAUUGCUCUUACUAGAGCCAGUUUUGUGCCGUAGUUUUUCUGGAAGCAGCCAUUCUCUCUUCCUGUCUCCAGUAAUCUUUCUGUGUGCACUUCCUUCUCCUUUAUUGCUCCUUUCUCUUCUCCUACAUCACUGAAAUGCACCUGCCUUAAUGCUUAAUAUCUGAUAUCUAAUAUUUCACUUACCAAAAGCAUCAAUACUAUGACUGCAUCAUCAGGUACCAUAUCUCCUACUUACAGACAGCAGCAGCCCAUAGCCUGAUGCAACAUUGUGGGCACAUGCAGUAGAAGUGAGACAUUUGUGCAGUUUUGGAAAAUUCAUAAGAAGCAACAGAAUUGGGCCCGUUGGCAGUAACACCUGGAACUGCUUGUGGCAUUUCCUCCGCAGGGCUGUAUAGGUAUAGGUCCACAGCAUUGAUUGAGGGUGGUUCCUCCCUGCCUGUAGGGUGUCUUAGUGCCUCCACAGCUGCCUGCAUGUGGCCACUGCUGUUCUGCAAGGCUGUGAAGCUGGCAUGGCAGCUCUUCAAGGCAUCUUUGCCCUGCCACAAAGUGGUCUGCAGGCGAGGCUGUGCAGCCUGCCAUGGAGUAUGUGGGGAGUUGGGCUGGAAGGGGCAGUGGGACAGUGGUGAGGCUGUGAUGGGAAAUGCUUUCUGUGCUGGGAUCUGCACUGAGCGCUGUUUCUGGGGUUAUGGUGACUUUGUACUGUUGUGUAUGCACACUUGUUUUUAACAUGCCAGUGCCUUACAAAUGCAAGCUGAAUGGAUACAGUCAAGAGUUGUGUUUAUCAUGUCUUCUGUUGGUGUGUUUAUGCAUUUGGCAUUCAGUUUAUUUUUUAAUGAAUUAAAAUGAAACUUAACCUCUACCAAUGGCCCCCCUGCUCCAGAUGUGAUUCUGUCCCUCUAGUCUGCUCUCCUGACACCUCACCUGGAGUAUUG